GGGCGGGCGGGCGGUCCCCGCUGCGGCUCGGCGCCUUCUCCUCCUCCUUCUCCUCCUCCUCUUCUUCAACCUCCUCCUCCUCCUCCUCCUCCGGCCGCUGCGGCGCGGGGGCUGCGGGCGGAGCGGCGGCGCCAUGAGCGGGGCGGCGGCGGCCAAGAGCGAGAAGCUGGACGAGGCUCAGGCGCUCGCCCGCAGCUGCGCGGGCAGACCCGACUUCCAGCCCUGCGACGGGCUCUCGCUCUGCGCCACCCACAGCCACGGCCGCUGCUUCCGCCUGCACUGGUGCUGCCACCUGGGAUGGUGCCACUGUAAAUACGUGUACCAGCCCAUGACCCCCGUGGAGCAGCUGCCCAGCACCGAGAUCCCCGCGCGGCCCCGGGAGCCCCCCAACAGCAUCCAGAUCUCCGUGUCCCUCACCGAGCACUUCCUCAAGUUCGCGCCCGUCUUCCAGCCCCCGCUGCCCCCCGACUCGCCCCAGUUCUGCACCAUCGCCGACCUGUUCAUCGACAACUACCGCGUCAAGUGCAUCAACGGCAAGAUGUGCUACGUGCAGCGGCAGCCGCCGCCCGCGCCGCACCGGGGCAGGGCCGAGGAGCCGCCCGCCCGCAACGCCUUCAUCGCGGCGGAGAGCAACCCGGCCAAAGCGGAGCACUGCUCGUCCCCCUCCAGCUCCGAGGACUCCGGCAUCAACGCCGUGGGGGUUCACUACAUGGAGUCGUGUGACGAGGACACGGAGGGGGUGGCUGAGCUGAGCUCAGAGGAGGAUUACAGCCCGGAUAGCAGCUGGGAGCCGGACGAGUGCCCGCUCCUGUCCCCCUCGCAGUGCGAGAUGGAGGUGAUCGAGACUAUAGAAACCACGGUGUGACCCCGCGGCCGGCAGCGGCUCAGGCCCGUUCCCACUCAGUAAUGUUGCUUUUGUAGUAUUUCUAUUUUCUGUUUUUUUCUGACAAUCCCUUUUUUCCAGUGCACUUGAUAUUUCAGAUUCCUCCUGGGAGCGCGGUCACGGGACUUACAUAUGGUGAACUAGCAGCAGCCUGAGCAAUUUUAACACGUUCUCAGCCUGAUCAGCUCUCCCACGUCUGCACGUAAGGUAGUGACAAAUCUUGAGACUUUUCUAGCAGAAAUAGGCCCUUUUCUUGGUCUGGGUUGCCCCACACCCCACUUCUCCCACGAGGACGUGCCACUCGAGGUGUUUCCCCUCAGAGCACGGGGGGUGCGUGCCUGGAGCAGCAAACCGAGUUGCCCUUACUCUUUCUCAAACAGCUACACGAGGAGGGGCGGGCAGAGGCUCCUCCUGUCUCUGUCUGUCCUGACAGCGCCUUGUCCGGCCUCUUCUCUAGUGCCGGCGUGACCCUUCUCCGAGGCUGUGGGCACCACACGUCCAGCAGGUUGGAACGGCAGGCUAGAGAACGCACAAAGUGCCUCCCAACUUUUCUCCAGGCUAUGCACCGAGCAGCUGCUGGGGCAGGUCAGGCUCUGAAAUCUCCUGAGGAGGCAGCUCUCCCUCUGGAGGGGCAUCAGGCACCUGAAUCCAGCUGAAUCUCUGCCUGGAUCUCGGGAAGGGGAUGUGGCUGUUGCAGGGGGCAGGAGGGUGAGCAGGGCCAUCUAACCCACACCACACCAGGCUGGGGUGCACCAGGACAGGGGAAGGAAGCGACUACCUCCGAAUACACAAUCUGCCCUCGGCUCUGCCUGCUGCCUCCUCCUGGGCUGUUCGGGGCCAGACACUCAGGACCAAGUGGCCUCAGGGCCUGCAUUUGCCUGAAGAAUAACACAGUUUAAACAAACAGCAUUUUAUCAGCCACACCACUGUGUUGGCAGAGCUUGGGGACAGCGUGGAGGUGCCCGUGGGUGUGUGCUCGUUAAAAUACAGCCCCAGGUCGUUCUAGCAGAGAGAGGAGGCUUUGGCUCCUUCGCUCCCAGUCCAGAAGCAGGCUGGGAGCAGGGGUCCUCACACAGCUGGGAGCACAAGCUGCCUCACAGGAGGUUUGGUUUCAGCCCUGCUUGAAGGAAACAAAAAUGUCACUGAGAUUUCAGUGGGCUCAGCUGGGUUGCAGUCAGUAACACCUGUGUUCCCGCAGCGUUACUGCCGUCCUUGGUGCAGUUCUGUUUGGGUUUCAGAAGUCCCUGGUGAAUCCAAGGCUGUAAAAAGGUGUACAGUUAGUGACUGAUCCUAGAUUAUAGUCCGUGGUAGAGGAUGGCUCAUCUCUCACUGUAUCCUGACAAUGUAUUCCCAAUUUUAUACACUUUGUAAUCAGUAUCUUUAGAAGACAUUUAGGCAACAGUGUGUGUCUGUGCACAUACGUGUCUAGGAGUUUCCAUGGGUGGAUAUAAAGUAAUGCUGUACUUUUUAGACUAACACUUUCAGACAAAAAUAGGUUUUAUAGUUUUGAUGACUUACAUAAAAAAGUGCAAUGCUUGUGAAAUGAGGAACUUGGGCCAUUGCAUGAACAGAUACAUUCUCACAAGGCACCUGAAAAUACUGUUUUUCUGAGGGCAUUUAAACAAAGGCCGUAGUAAAACUAAAUAGGAUUUAUUUAUUUAUUUUUUAAGGGCAGGAUUGUCUUUCUUGGCUAACUAAGGUUUCUAACAACAUUUGGGUGUCUUUAGACCAUUCAGACACAUUCCAUAGGUAGAAGGAAACAUUAUGUAUAAACCUACAGCAUUUAUUCAUAUUUAACCUUUCAAUUGUAGUCUGAGUGGAGAGCUGCACAAGCUCACUCCCCUGCCUGGCCUGCCCGAGCUUUCCUUCCCCAGGGAACGGGUGGGCUGGCAGCUGCUCCCACCCCAGGGGCUGGUGGGGGCCUUUCCCAAGGGCAGGGAGCUCCUCCCAGCUCUCCCUGAGGGCGCCAAGCAGAGGGUGGGUCAGCAGGACCCCCGGCCUGGCACGAGCUCACCUUGUUUGCGGGCAAGCAGGAGCCGCGGCCCCGCGGGGGCACCGGCCGUGAGCGCGGGGACCCUCAGGGCGGGAUGGCCCAGACUCACCGUGAGGUCCUGGGGGCCCACAGGGCCCUGUCCCUGUCAGGAUCCAUCCUUUCUUAACUGUAAGUAAUUAGCAAUAUUCACAAGCUGUGAGUGUCUCCUACCCAGGAUUUGUUCAGAUGUCUUAAGCACAAUAAGCUGCCUCUUCCUUCUGUUGUUCCUGGAAAACGUCAGCGGAGCAGCCUGGGGUGGGAUGUUCCAGGGAGUGCUGGGGCAGCGGCCCAGCAGCAGGUUCUCCCUGUGCUCCAUCACACUCCCACAGAACCGUGGUCCCUUUCCUUUGCACAAACACUGGCGUGGCUGUGCCCUUCGAGCCAUGCCCUGGGCUGGCUGCUCCACCCUGCCAGGGAGAGGUGUGUAUAUCUUGAAUAAAAUACUGAACAACUGGC